AUGGAUAUUAAAGGCAUGAAGAACUAUCUCUAUUGGCUGUACUGCCAGUUUGAACUAAUCACCUGCAGCUAUCUCAUGGAGCCCUGGGAAAAACUGCUCUUCUACACUUUCAACAUGACUCUGCUAGUUACAGUGUUAUACACUGCCUACACCUUUGUCCCUGGCCACAUUAGCACAGCUUUUCAGUUCUUCUUGCACUUAUUUGGAAACCAACAUGAAAAUACUGUUUCUAUUGUGCAGUAA